AUGGACAUGGAGGCAGCAGCGUCGGCGCGGGUGCCGGCGCCGCACCGCAUCCCCACCCCGGAAUCCUCGUCGGACGCUUCCUCCUCCUCGUCCCCCUCCACGUCGCGCGUCGCUGAUUUGAGGGCAGGGGCGUGCGAGGCGGGCGGCGAGGGGGCAUCCUCCUCGACCUGGACUCCCCAUGGGCGGCUCCAGCUGAGGUGCGGCUACAUCCGCCGGGCCAUCGCCAAGGACCCCUCUGCCGCCGUCGAGCUCGACCCCUCCGCACUCCCCGGUGGCGCCGACACGUUCAAGAAGGCCGCGCGCUACUACUACGGCGCCAACUACGAGAUCACCGCGCGCAACGCCGCCGCGCUCCGCUGCGCCGCGGCGUUCCUCGACAUGCAGCACCGGGCGGACCUGGCGCGCCGCGUCGACGAGUUCCACGUGCAGGCCGCGCUCCGCGUGCUGCCCAGCGCGGUGACCGUGCUGCGCUCCUGCGAGGCGCUCCUCCCGGCCUCCGAGGAGCUCGGCGUCGUGUGGCGUGCCGCGGAUGCUGUCGCGCUCCGGAUCUGCAACGAGGCGCUGUUCCCGACCAGGACGCCGCCGGGGUGGUGGACGACGGAGCUCGCGGCGCUCUCGACGGCGUCUUUUGAAAAGGUGGUCACGGCGCUGCGGUGCCGCCUUGCGGACCCCAAGGUGCUUGGCAACGCGGCGAGCGCCUACGCGGAGCUCGCACUGGCCGAGGUCCUCGCCGACCCCCGGGACAGGGAGGACCGGCGCGCGCUUGUGGAGUCCGUGGUGGGCGUGCUCCCUUCCGCCGCCGACGCGCCCAUCCCGGCGGCGCUCCUCUGCCGCCUCCUCCACUCCGCGGUCACCACCCAGGCCUCCGCCAGGACGUGCCGCGACUUGGAGCUCCGCGUCGCAGCGGUGCUGGAGCAAGCCACCGCGGGGGACCUGCUGGGUGUCGCGCUUUACGGCGCCGGAGAGCGCGUCAGGAACACCGACACCGUGCGGCGCGUCAUCGCCGCCUUCGUGGAGUGGCAUGCGGCGGCAUCGACGGAAAGCGGGCGGAGCCAGCGGUGGGCGUCGCUGUCCGGCGGCCGAGCUGCAGAGGUGGAUUUGGGCGCGAUGGAGAAGGUGGCCAGGACGGUGGACGAGCUGGUGGCGGAGCUCGCGACGGAGGAGUCGCUAGCGAUCUCCAAGUUCGUGAGCGUGGCGGGGGCGGUGCCCAAGGAGGCGAGGGGGUCAAGUAAUAGGAGUCGUUUUCUCAUCUAAGAGGUCAAGGUUUAAAUGGUCCG